AUGUUUGGCAGAUCUAACACAGGUAGUGGCUUUGGGGGCUUUGGCUCCAAUACGGGCUCAACUUUCGGCUCUGGUAACACUGGAUCAGCUUUCGGAGGUACUUCAUCACCUUCAAACACUGGUGGUGGUCUAUUUGGAUCUACUGCUAAUAACAAUACAUCUUCAUUUGGUGGUGGCUUUGGUGCCAAUAAUAACACAACUGGUGGUGCUUUUGGUAGUAAACCAGCUACUGGAGGUGGUCUUUUCGGUGCUUCAACUACAGGUUCUUCACCAUUUGGUGCUUCAAAUACAAAUACUGGUGGUGCUUUUGGAUCUGGUUCAACUGGAUUUGGUGCUAAUACAAACACUGGUACCAGCACUGGUGGUGGUCUUUUUGGAUCAAACAAUACCGGUUCUGCCUUUGGUGGUUCAACAACUGGUGGGUUCGGUGCUACAAAUCAAGCAAGUUCACCAUUUGGUGCUUCAUCAACUGGAUUUGGUGGUUUAGGUGGUGCUGCUACUUCAAACCAAGGUACCUCAAUUAAACCAUAUGAAGCUUUUUCUGAAAAAGAUCCUACAUCAGGUACAAGUAUCUAUGAAAAUAUCUCAGCAAUGCCAGAAUAUAGAAAUUAUUCACCAGAUGAAUUAAGAUUACAAGAUUAUGAACAAAAUAGAAGAUAUGGAAACCAACAACCAGGUGAAACAGGUGGAUUUGGUGCUGCUGCUUCUUCUCCAUUCGGAGCUUCCAAUACUGGUACAGCUUUUGGAUCUUCAACUGGUGGUUUUGGUUCGAAUAAUAACGCUACUGGAGGUGGUUUAUUUGGUUCUACUGCAAAUAAUAAUACCGGUUCAGCUUUUGGUUCAAGUGGAGGUGCCUUUGGAUCAAAUAACAAUACAAGUGGAGGUGGUUUAUUUGGAUCAUCAAAUACCAACACAGGUGGUGCUUUUGGAUCAACAGCAAAUAACAAUUCAACCGGUGGAUUUGGUUCUGGAUUUGGUGCUAAACCAUCAGCUUUUGGUGCUUCAAAUACUGGUUCAACUGGUGGUGGUCUGUUUGGCUCAUCAAAUACCAACACAGGUGGUUCUCCAUUUGGUGCUUCCAAUAAUACUACAGGAGGUGGUCUGUUUGGUUCAAAUAACAACAAUACUACUAGUGCAUUUGGUUCUUCAAAUACUGGAGGUGGUUUAUUUGGUAAUAACAAUAACAACACAAAUACAAAUACAGGCUUUGGUGGUACUGCAGCCUCAUCAAGUCCAUUUGGUAAUAAUCAAUCCAAACCAGCUUUUGGUGGAUUUGGAUCAUCAAAUAAUACAGCUACAACUGGUGGUUUCGGCAGUGGAACUACUGGUGGAUUUGGUGCAGCAAAUAACAAUACUGGUGGUGGUCUGUUCGGUCAAAACAAUAAUACAAAUACCAGUGGUGGAUUAUUUGGUGCUAAACCAUCUACACCAACACCUGCACCUGCAUCUGGUGGUUUAUUUGGUGCUAAGCCAGCAGCCCCAGCUGGUGGUGGCUUAUUUGGUUCAAAUAACAAUACAAACACUGGUGGUGGUCUGUUUGGAUCAAAUAAUAAUACAAAUACUGCAUCCACUGGUGGUGGUCUAUUUGGUGCUAAACCUGCAACUGGUGGAUUUGGUAGCUCUCCAAACACAGGUGCUACUGGUGGUGGUUUAUUUGGUGCUAAACCAGCUCAACCAGCUUCUGGUGGAUUGUUUGGUAAUAAUAACAACACAGGUUCAACUUUUGGCUCAAAUAACAAUACUAGUGGUGGUGGUUUAUUUGGCAAUAAUCAAAACGCAAACACAGGUUCAACAUUUGGAUCUGGUAAUACUUCAGGUGGUGGAUUAUUUGGUAAUAAUAAUAGCGCUGGUACUACAGGCUCUACUUUUGGUUCAUCAAACACUGGAGGUGGGUUAUUUGGAAAUAAUAACAAUAACCAAACUCAACAACAAGGUGGAUUAUUUGGUGGAGGUGCUUCAACUGCACCAAAACCAUCAUUAUUUGGUGGUGCUUCAUCUACAGCACAACCUGCUACUGGAGGUGGCUUAUUCGGUGGUGCAAAACCUGCUCAACCUGCAACAGGAGGUGGUCUGUUUGGUGGUAGUGGUGGAUUUGGUUCAUCAAACCAAACACAACAACAAGGAUCAUCAUUAUUCGGUGGUAAUAAUAACACAGGCGGAUCAUCAUUAUUUGGUCAACAAUCACAACAACAAAAUUCUUUACAAAAUAAUAAUCAAAAUCAACAAAAUUUACAACAACCUUACCAAUUGGUUGCUACAAUUGAUCAAAAUCCAUAUGGUAGUAAUCCAUUAUUUAACCAAGGUGCACAAAAUAAUGUUGUCAGUGCACCACAAUCUACUGGUCCUAUUGCUAAACCAGUUACAUCUUUGGAACCAAAAAAACCAAAGAUUACAAAUAUUUAUAGAUUAGCACCAAAACCAUUGUUUGUUGCUAAAAAGGAUUUAAAUAAAGCUACAACUCAUCAAGGACCAUCAUUAAAUUCCACAACAUUACAACUGAUUGGUGGUGGUGACAAUACUAAAACCCAUUUCUUCAAUUCAAGUACUGAUGAUGCUAUAUUGGCAAGUGAAAUUUUUACUCCAAGAAAGAAUUAUAAAAACUUGGUUAUAGAUAGAUCAAGAUCUAGAUCCAAAGAACCAGAAUCAAUUCAAUAUGGUGAUUCACAAGAUAAUGGUGAAAUAACACCACAAAAAGUUUUAACAUUUCAAAGUAAUGGUACACCAAAAACUGAUGAAAAAGAUACAAGCAGUAAAAAAAUUCUAUUUGGUGGUAAUUCACAAGUUGAAAAUAAAGAAUCAUCUAAUGGUAAUGUUUUCAGUGGAUCAAAUAUUAGUUUAAGUACAAAACCAAUAACAAGAGAUGAAGAUAGUACAUAUAUUGAUGAAGAAGGCUAUUGGAUGACACCAUCAAUUGAAGAAUUAGAAAACUUAUCGUUAUUAGAAUUACGUAAAGUUAAAGAUUUUACAGUUGGUAGAAAAGGAUUUGGUAAGAUUGAAUUUUUAAAACCAAUUGAUUUAACAAAUGAAAGUUCAUUAGCCAAGAUUCCUGGUGAAAUUAUCAUUUUCCAAAGACAAUCAUGUAUUGUUUAUCCAGAUCAUAUUGAUGAUUCAGAAAAUGAAGAUGGAGAAAGUUCUUCAAAACCUGCUAAAGGUGAAGGAUUCAAUGUACCAGCUAAAAUCACAUUAGAAAAUUGUUAUCCAAUUGCUAAAGAUACAAGAAAACCAGUUAAAGAUGCAUCACAUGAAUUAGUUAAAAGACAUAUACAAAAACUACAUAACAUCCCACAUACUAAAUUUGUUUCAUAUGAUGUUAAAUCUGGUACCUGGACAUUUACUGUUGAAUCAACAGUAUGA